GACUACCGCAUGCAAGUGCAAAUUGAAAAGAUGGAUCUCAAAAGCCUCUUCACAUUUUUACUCUUAUUGAUGCCAUCAUUCUGUUCCUCUCAAUCCCUGACGAUUAACAACAUUUUCUUUACUCAUCGUAAGAUACUUCCAAAACAAAAAUCCAAUGAUAAUAAUAACAAUAACGAUGUUACUUCUUAUGCUGUCAUCUUUGAUGCUGGUAGCUCCGGAUCUCGUGUUCAUGUCUUCCAUUUUGAUCAGAAUCUCAACCUUCUUCAUAUUGGCAACGAAAUUGAGUUUUAUAAGAAGAUCGAACCCGGUUUGAGUGCAUAUGCAGAUAAUCCAGAAGAAGCAGCAGAAUCUCUGAUUCCACUCUUAGACGAAAGAAGUAACCUGAACGUUCAAUCUGAUGCAGUAACUGUUAUUGAUGGAACCCAAGAAGGUUCUUAUAUGUGGGUGGCACUAAACUAUCUACUGGGAAACUUGGGAAACAAGUAUUCAAGGACGGUGGGAGUGGUUGAUCUUGGAGGUGCAUCAGUUCAAAUGGCAUAUGCUAUUUCAAAGCACGCAGCUCAAAAUGCACCAUUACCACCAGAUGGACAGGACCCAUACAUUAAAAAUGUCAUUCUUAAAGGAACCGAAUAUAACCUCUAUGUUCAUAGUUACUUGCGCUAUGGUAGUGAUGCUGCUCGUGCUGAAAUUUUGAACAUCACUCAUAAUUCUGCUAAUCCUUGCGUUUUAGCUGACUUUGAUGGGACAUAUGCAUACUCAGGAAAUGAGUAUAGGGCAUAUGCACCAAGUUCAGGGUCCAGCUUUGAAAAAUGCAGGCAUAUAGUGCGUAAGGUCCUCAAAUUGGACGCACCAUGUCCAUAUAAUAAAGAUUGCACUUUUGGUGGAAUAUGGAGUGGUGGAGGUGGUAAUGGACAAAAAAAUCUCUAUGUUGCUACGUCUUUCUUUUAUAUGGCAUCACAGACGGGUAUAGUUGAUCCGAACAAACCCAAUUCGAAGGUUAUUCCGGCGGAUUACAAGGUUGCAGCUAAGAAAGCAUGUAAUACAAAAUAUGAGGAUGCUGCAUCUAUUUAUCCUCUUAUUACCAUUGACAGACUUCCUUAUGUCUGCAUGGAUCUCACAUACCAAUAUACAUUGCUCGUUGAGGGAUUCGGCAUAGAACCAUGGCAAGAGAUUACAGUCACUCAGCAAAUUGAAUAUGAAGAUGCUUCCGUAGAUGCAAGCUGGCCUCUAGGGAGUGCCAUAGAAGCCAUAUCUUCAUUACCUAAAUUUGAGCGAUUGAUGUAUUUUAUUUAAGCUUCUACAGUAAUAAUAUAAGUAGGCAUGUGACACAUUGACGCCUAUGCCUUCUAUAUUAAAUAAAAGUCAUGUGCUCGUAUAAAAAAAGUUUGCUAUAUAUAACGUAUUGUUGUGUAUGUGUUAGUUCGCAAUAUUGGUAAAGAAUAUGAAAUAAAUGCUCUAUUUUAAGACAAGUCCAGAAUUUCUUAUU